AUGAACAUUCAUAAUUCCCGUACCUUUUUCAGCUCCAAGCGAUUAGCCCUCCAACUGUUGAUUCUCGUAGGCAUGAAUUACGGAAAUGCCUCAGAUUCUCCUCAGGAAAAAUCUGUUUUAGCUCGUCUGUUGCAAAUGAGAAUGCUCAAGAACAAAAAUGUAACCGCUGUGUUUACCGUUUCUCUACGGGAGAUGUUGGUCCGCAAAAACGACUGUAAUAUGCGUACGGCUAUUCGAAUUCUUCUCGAAAAUGAGUUUGGUCAUGUCAUGUCGAGACAUCCUCACAACGUUUCUAUACUCAUCAGCAUGUUUGGAUUCGAUCGAACGAAAGCGGCCGAAGUUCUUGGCGAAGAGAUUUCCGAGAUGAUCAUGGCACGUGAGGAGUACUGUAAACCGGUGCGGCUGCUCCUUCGUGAAGUCAUUCGGUUCUUCCAUCGCAACGAAUUCCCAUUCUACACGCUAGCAAAUAGCUACCUUUCUACCAUAGUGGACGAAGUAGCAAAGAGCGAACAUGGAAUACAAGUACGUGAAUCUUUGAUGUUUUUCUACAAUAUCUGA